AUGAACUACCAGGAAUGCCUCCACAAGUUUGUUAAUGCUCAUUCGGAUAAUUUUCGGCAGAGUUUUUACGCCGUCGUGGAGAGUUCACAGAUAGAAUGUCUUGAAUGUCCCAUAGAAAAAACGAGCACAGAUAAUUUCCUCAUCAAAAUAUAUAUUAACAAUAUUAUACACAACAUCCGCACUUUCCUGCUGACUUGCUUGAGCGGAUCGGUGGGGAAUAUUCUCCACAACACGCACGUAGAUAAGCAGGAAGCGUGUUACUACCUUACGGCUGACGACGAGUGGGCGGCUAGCAACAAAGGAGAAGAAAGGGGCCCAACCGGGGACGCAGGCCAACCUGGCCAAUGGGAGGAAGGUAACCCAAAUGGCGAAAACUCCAUCAGGCAGUGCUUCAACAAACAGGAGGAUUUUUUACGCAUGUGCAAGAAAGUUCAUAGCCUUCGGAAGAGUUUGGAAAAUGCCCACGUAAGAACAGGAGACACUUUCGGCUUUAGGGACGACAUUUUGCGGUACUACAUAUGA